GGCAAGACCCAAACUAUUGGCUGUGUACGCUUUGUAUAUCAAGAGUGAAAACAUCAGAAAAUGUGUAGAGGAUUAGCUGCCUUGCCUCAGACCUGUCUGGAGAGGGCUAAAGAGAUAAAGUGUAAAUUGGGAGUAUUGCUCCAGAAGCCAGAGAAUGUCAUUGACCUAAUAAUUCCGUGCCCAGAGAAGUUGGAGAAGAAACCAGAGAAGCUCCAGAAACCAUUCCCUGAAGAAGCUUUGCAAUGGCGUGAGUCCCUGGACAGAGUUAUUAUUAACAACUAUGGUCUGGCUGUUUUCAGAAGCUUCCUGAAGUCUGAGUUCAGUGAAGAGAACAUUGAGUUCUGGGUGGCUUGUGAGGACUUCAAAAAGACCAAGUCUCUCCUGAAAAUGGCAGCCAAAGCUAAAAAGAUCUACGAGGAAUUCCUUACAACGGAGGGUCCCAGAGAGGUGAAUAUUGACCAGUUCACAAAGGAUGUGACCCUGAGGAACCUGGUGGAGCUGUCCCCAGCCACAUUCGACCUGGCCCAGAAGCGUAUCUAUGCCUUGAUGGAGAAGGAUUCCUUUGCCAGGUUUCUGAGAUCGGAGCAGUAUCAGGAACUGAUCAAGUAACUGAAAUGCCUGACUACAGGGGGUAUUUUGAUUUCUGAGAAGGUGUCCCUAUUAAAAAUGAAAUCCCGUUCAUGCAAAAAUACCCAAAGCUAGACAUUCCACCUGAUACCAAAUUUCACACCUGUAUUUGAACAUUGUAUGAUUACAAAAGAAACCUAAAAAUCACAGAUUUGGUUUCUAAAUUGUUAAGAGUGCAUGUGUGAAUGUGCAAGUGCAUUUGCAUAUGCUUUUCCAGGAUACUUAAUUAAUUGAAAAUCCACAUAUGUUGUUUUAUGGCAUUCCAAAAGAGGGCAAGUUGGUACAGGUAAGACUCAGACUGUUUCAACAGGUCAAAGUGACGAUGAUUGUUCGAUAAGUGAUAAGUGGGCCCUGCUUCCCAAAACCAUCUUUGUGUCCUAACCAAAUGUAUGCCUUACACCAAUCAUAGAGUGGCUAAAUACAUCAUUAGUACAAUUCAGUGAAUGAAAAAACUUGGAGAACAACAUAACAUAAGACAUAAAAUUAAGUUCUAUAUAGAAAGCUCCUGAUGCAUUUUUUCUGAAGCUACCCAUUCUCUUCAUUCCUCCCUCAAUAGUGUUGAGGAGUCUAAAAGUUAUUUACAUUUCUUAUUUCUGUCCUUUAUUGUCAUAUAUACACUAAUUGGUACAAUUAGCCUAUUACAGCAGUUACUACAUAUGUUAUCGAGUAGGAGAACAUUUGUGCAUUCACCUGAUUUAUAUGAUUAAUAUUGCCGGACAGGGCUAACAAAAAGACCUGAAUGAAGCCUAUCCCAGUAGGCAUUGGGUGAAAGGCAAGACAUCCAGCGCAAAGAAAGGCCCACUGCCAGGAUGUAAACUCAGUACCUUCAUGUGACUCAGGUGACUGUUUUACUCAGUGUACCAGUGUGCUACCCUAAACUGAAAUCCAGAUAAAAACAAUUGCAAAUCAUCAGUGAAAUGGUUACCUUUAUUCACAUUUCUAGGUUUUUCUUUUUGCAUAAUUCAUCAUUUUUGAACAAAAGAAUAUAUAAUAUUUUGUUUUCCCAAAGGUAUUGUAAAAUUAGCUUAAAUAAAUGAAAUCAGUGAAAAUCAAUCCAUCCCACCGACAUCACCAGAAUUUUAGUUUCUUCACUAGUGAUGCUUCACCAGGUUUUAACUGCAGCCAUUUUAAGUGAUUGCUUGUUGGUCAGGGUUAUUUGCCUUCAGCUUUCUUUGGAACAAGUGGUGAAUGAUUUGGCCAGUUAAACAUUUUCCACCUUUUCCGUGUGAUGAAGUCCUGUGUUUAGUUUUGGAUUACUGUCCUGCUGCAUAAUGUUUUGCUGUCCAAUAAUUCUGGAUAGUCUUCUUUUUUUACAUUUGCUGAAAAGAUCCGUUUGUAUAUGCACAAAUCCAUCCUAUUGCUGUCAUCUGCAGUUAAAUAAUCAAUAAAGACCAGUGAACCCAUUCUGGAAGCAACUAAACUAUAUGCCUGCACCAUGCUUUACUGUGGAAGUGGUGUGCUUACAUGUGAUCAUUGGCAGUUCCUAUUUUUCUCCACACAUAGGCUUUCCAUCACCUUGAUAAAUGUUUGUUUUGGUAUCAUCUGGUCAUACAACCUUGUUCCAGAACUCAUCUGGCUCAUCUCUGUAUUUCUUUGCAAAUUCCAAUUGGGCCUGUCUGUUCUCAGAGUUCUCAGAUAAGGUGCUUAGACCUUCUUAUGGUGAUGAAGUCUUCGGCACCACCUCACUCUGGAGAUUAUUUAAUGAUUUUACUUAAAUUAAUUUUAGGAUAUUUCUUUACACUCGACCUUUUUUACAUGACAUGCUCUCAGCCUAUUCCUGACUCCUCUAGUUGUUACCAAUUUCUUUGAUACUAAUUUUCUUUCUUCACAUCUUCAAAUUGCUACUUCUCUUUUUUCUGUCAUAGGCUCUAGUUCUCUGGUUUUCAUGUUGGUUACCAUAGACUGACUCAAGUGCAAAACUUGAAAAAACACCUUUAACUAUGUCUUGGCCAUGCAGGUCUUUUAUGAGUACCAAAUUUCUCUAAACAAAAUCUAAAUAAUUUGUGCACUUCAGAUUUUGACUUGAGGAAUAGAAAUGGUUUGAGGGCCACUUUAAAAGUCGACACAUAUAGAGUGAUGGUAAACAGCAGAUCAAUUAGCAUAAUUCACUUAAACAUGACAUGAGAUACAAGAGUUCACAUGUAACGCAUUUGAACUGCAGAGAAUGUGUUGUUUAAUGUUUUUUUAGUAUUGGACAGUGGGUUGCUAAGUAUGGAACAUCAUGUAGGAGUGAAAUCAGUGAAAAUGUGCUUUUUUGGAGAAAGUGUAUGCCCUUACAAAAAUUGUAGAAAACAUGCUAAGUUUAGAUGAUCAUUAGAUUACCCACUCAAGAGAGAGCAAUUUUUUAAUGCAAAAAUGUAUUUUAUUUUCUGUGCUAUGCAUUUUCAUCAUUUUAACACAGUUCCUAUAAUCAUGUUACUGUUCCACGACCACAUACUGCCCUGUUAUCUUAUUUUCUUGAAUGUACUUAAAAUGUAGCAAUCUUAAUCAUGUGUACUCAAUAACAUAGCUGUAGCAGUUUGUCAUUAAUAAUUGUGAUAGUAAUGAUUAUCAUGGUAUUGUUUAAUUGUGGGUGUCUUAAGUGUCAUUUGAAUGAGGUAAUGCAAUUUUAUUGCAAUUACAUUUAGAGUAAGUUAAAGCUGUAUCCCACAACAGAUUUACUAUAUGCAUACUUUGAUAUAAAAUGGAAUAUUACCUGGCUGUGUAAUUAAGUUUGCUUUAAUUUAUAGUAUUUUGCAUGCUUUCCUUAUUAGAUACACUAUACUCCUUCACAGUUGAUGCAGUAUAUCAUGUCAUUAUCCCAAUAUUAAUACUAUAAGUCCUUAUUGUUUCCCAGUUAUGCAAGUCAUCACCAAACACUGCAGGUCAGAAGUAAUUAAAUAAACAAAUAUUCUCCAGUUAAAAAUUGUAUCCUAAAUAUUGAUCAGAAAUACUGUAAAUUGGUCAUAAUACGUAAAUAGUAGAUUUUAUCAUUGGUCAGUAUUUUUUGUACAACAGUAUUGAUACUGUGAUGAAAACACAAUGAGGACUUUGUACAAGUAUAUGCUAAAAAUCUCCAAUUUAGCAUCAAGGAGUAUGCAUAUGUAUUCAUAUAGACAAUACUAUAAAGUGAUAUAUUAAAAUUAUAUAUAAAAAUUCUCA